GAUGACUUUAAAUCCGAACAAACGAAAUUGAAAUCAGUGCUCGUGAACUUCUUAGUGUCUGCGGAUAUCAAGCCAGAAUCGAUCGUCAGCUAUAAUCACCUUGGAAAUAACGAUGGAUACAAUUUGACUGCUCCUCAACAAUUCCGAUCGAAAGAGAUAUCAAAAAGGAACGUCGUAGACGAUAUGGUGCAGUCAAAUAGAAUUCUUUAUGAACCAGGA